AUGUCGGACGACGAGGACAGACCGAUACAACUGUAAGUUCCCCGCUCCUAAUCAGCUCUUCGUGUUGACUCACUCUCACUCGAUGACACCAUCACUUUUAAUCCGCUAGACCGUCCGUCCGUUGAUUGGCAAACGGCACACGGCUGUACUUGCGCUUCACUAUGACUCUUUUAAUAUUAAUAAGAUCAUAUCGUGUCCAUGAUUCCUGAAAUUCCACAUUCCGACUCUGGCAGGCGUCCGACGUACGCGAAGAAGCGGAAAGAGAAGAAGGACGUCGUGUUCUACACCACCUUCGAGGAGGUCCUACAGAAGAUCAACGCGUUCGGACCCUACCAGAUAUUCUGCUUCAUCGUCAUCCUCUACGCUUCUAUCGAAUGGGCCGGCAACUCGACAUUCAUGCACGUGCUCGGAUCGUUCGAGCCCGACUGGAAUUGCACUCUCGCCAACAAUCAUACUGUCAGAAGUGAGUGGUGCUAAGAGUUGUCCAGAAAUGAACAGUUGAAAAGUUGCAGUCAAUGGUCCGACAAACGACACGUCUUGUGAUUACAUCAAGAAGAACUGUGCAACUCUGACGCCUAUUGUAAGUUUCUUGUGAGACUUUCUAAUAUCUGCAAAUGAUCAAAUUUCAGAAGCAAAACCUCGAGUUCUUCUCGCUGGUCGGACAAUUCAAACUGAUCUGCGACGAUAGCAAUAAAGUGGAGUGGAUUGAAGUGAUCAUGGCCGGAUCUUCGGUGAGCUUUAAGUACUUUGUGACAAAGUUUGACAAGCUAUUUUCCAGUUGAUCGGAAGUAUCAUCGGAGGACACAUGGGCGAUCAUUUCGGGCGGCAGACCAUCUUCUUCACCGGCGAACUUUUGAUCAUCAUCACUUCGAUGAUGUGCACGGCGGCUCGCUCGUGGGUCGCGUUCGCCGCCAUUCAGGGCGUCAACUGCUUCAUCUAUGGCGUCAUCGAGACGACCUCGCUGACGAUGAUGAUGGAGUUCACGUCGAACAAGUACCGAGUGAUCAUGGUGAACGCGUUCCAGUGGCCGAUCGCCUACAUGACCAUCGCAUUGAUCGCUUUCCUCACGAAGGGCUGGCAGACGUACUUUGUCUUCCUCAACCUCGUCUCGUCUCCGCUCGCCAUCGGCUUCAUGCUGUUCCUCGAGUCGCCGAGAUGGCUGAUCGCGCGCAACGAGCUCAGUCAGGCUUGCGAUGUGCUCAACGACAUUGCGCAUCAGCGAUGGAACAACACGAAAGCCCGCUUCACAACCAAAGACAUCUCGGCGAUUCACAAGACCGAGAAGCAAGGAUUCUACUGGUUCUACCAUCUGUUCAGCACAAAGCGUCUCGCCAAACAAUCGUGCCUUCAAAUUAUCUCCGUGCUCACCUACGCAAUGGUCUCCAACACGUACCUUUUCACAGUGACUGGGAUUCAUGGUAUGCCAUCGUCAUCGUCAUCCGAAAACAAACUUCCUUUCAGACUCGGCCAUCAUGUUCACUUUCCUCGACGGAGUGUUCCGUCUCUUCGUGCCCAUAAUCAUUGUCAUUUUCGAUUUGAUGGUGCCGAGCUUCGGCCGUAAGAUCCAGUUCCUCGGCUCGCUUGUCAUCGAGGGAAUCCUGUUCGGAGUGAUCAUCGCUCUUGUGGCCACUGGCACUUGCACCUACGACUCGCGCCCAGUCACCAUUCUCGUCAUCGUCACAACGAUGAUCAACGACUGCAUCUUCUGGAUCAACAUUGUGCAGAUCACCACGCAAAGAUACCCGACAGUCAUCCGAUGCAUCGCUUUCGGAUUCUUGCACUCAUUCCGACACAUUGGCGCCAUCAUCGGCUACGUGAUCCUCCGUCCGUUGCUCACCUCGAACUGGCCGACCGGCGCGUUUGUCAUCCCUGAGGUCAUGAUCUGCGUCACCAUCAUCGUCGGCUUCUUCUUCCAGCCGGAGACGAAGGGCAAGGCGCUGAUGGACCAGAUGGUCGAGGCGAACUACGGACGACUGGAGAACGAGUUGCCACGCGCACUCAUCAGGUACCCAAUCCAAUUAUCACAAUCAAACUUCUAUAUGGUGCAUUCAGACUGGCCGCCGGCCACAAAGUCAACCAAAUGGAGAUGCGUGUGCAGCACCGGAAAGAGCUGGAGCUGGCGAAUGCGGCGGAGCUGAAGGGCGAGAAGGUCGAGAGUCCGUGGGUGUUCAAGAAGAAAGAAGACGAAGCAGUCAAGGAGGAAUGA